AUGGAUUCCAGAAGUCACAACUCCUCUUCUAAGGGUCAAGAUCAACAACAUUCUCCCAUGGACUUGUUAUCUUCUGCGAAGAAUGCAACACAAUCUGCUAUUUCAAAUGCUGCGGGUAACAUUGCAAAUGCAGUUGGUGACAAGGUUGAUGAUUUUCUCCACCUUAAUGACUCAACUACUGCAUGGAACAAGUCCACCACCACCACCCAUUCUAGUAGCAAGCUUGAUAAUGAUAACCGCACUAGCAGUGGUUAUGGGAAAAUUGGUAAAUCAGAAAGUGAAUAUGGAGGAAGUGGACGUUCGAGUAGCCAUGACUAUAAGUCUGCUAGUGCGUAUGAUGAUGCAGGUCGUUCUAGUGGAGAUCGUUCUGGUUUAGGUUAUGGUGGUAAUGGUUAUUCUAGUGGUGGAUAUGGCGGGGACGGAAUUUCUAGUGGAGGAGGUCUUUCCGCUAGUGGUUACGGAGGUGAUGGAAUUUCUAGUGGUGGAGGUCGUUCUAACAGUGGUUAUGGUAAUGGAAUUUCUAGUGGUGGAGGUUAUUCAAACAGUGGUUAUGGUGGUGAUAGAAUUUCUAGUGGUGGAGGUCGUUCUAACAGUGGUUAUGGUGAUGAAAUUUCUAGUGGUGGAGGUCGUUCUGAAAGUAGGUAUGGUAGUGAUGGAAUUUCUGGGGGAAAUCGUACUAGUGGUGGUUAUGGUGGUGAUGGAUUUUCUAGUGGUGGAGGUCAUUUGAGCAGUGGUGAUGGAAUUUCAAGUGGUGGAGGUCGUCCGAGCAGUGGUUACGGUGGCAAUGGAAUUUCCAAUGGUGGAAGUCAUUUGAGCACUGGUGAUGGUAUUUCAAGUGGUGGAGGUCGUUCGAGUAGUGGUUAUGGUAAUGGAGGUCGUUCUAGUAGUGAUUAUGGUCACUCUGGUGGUGGCUAUAGUGGUGAUGGAAUAUCUAGUGAAAAAGAACGUUCCAGUGGUGGAUAUGAAGGUGAUGGAGGUCGUUCUGGUAGUAGAUAUGGUGACAAAGGUUGUUCUGGUAGUGGUUAUGGCGGUGAUGAUGACCAUCAUUCUGGUGAAAGAUCUUGGAAUGAGAGUUAUGGAAGUGGUGGAUAUGAAAAUGAUAGUCAUUCAAGAAGUGGAUAUACUUAUACAAAUUAA